GUGUGCCUUCACGUACUCAACACAACGUUCAGAAUGCAACAGCUUCUCUGGUGAAUGAUAUUGGUUCUUCAGUAUUGACUCAAAGGUCAAAUGCUUUAACGUUACCAAAUCCAUUAUUGUUGAAUCAACCACAUGCAACACUCUUUUCUCUCCCCUCGGAAUUAAUUACUAGAAUUUCGUUCUAUUUAACUUUACCUGAUUACUCACGUACAUCACGUACUUGCAAAUCUUUGCACACACAUUUCCAAAAGGAGUUGAUUUUAUUUCUCCGGCAUGUUUAUGGACUUUCAGUUAGAUCUGGGUCAUUAAUUCUUUUUGCUUAUGGUGCUCACCUUCAAUAUCGAGCUCCACGACUGCUUGAUCGUAUCAUGGAUGAAUUUUUUGUAGACGUUGGCGAUAAUCUUAACGUUGGCACUUCUAAUUCUAACAAUUCAAUCUCUUUACGUCAGGCAAAUUCUCGAUGGCCUACUUAUUGGUCAGUUUUGUAUUCGCUUGACAAAGCACCGUCCUUAGAUCCACCACAAAAUUAUACUGCUUCAGCAAUACCACCAUGCUGUUCAGAUCACAAUGUGGACAAUUGCCACCUUCAAUCACAUCAGAACAUAUCGUGUUACUGUUCUGAGUCAACAGUCAAUCUGAAUCCGAAGCUACAAUUUCUUGAAAAAUAUGCUUCAAGAAUGAAUGCCAAAUUUGCGAAUCGACUUGGUAGAGGAGCUGAAAGACAUUGUAGUCAUGGGCGUCGUAAUGAAUGGUUUCUUUCUGAUGUUCGACAAAAAAAAACCUAUAGAAUGCUAAUCAUGCAAAAUAUUAAAUAUGGUGAUGUAGAACUUUUAAGGUUUUAUUUGGAAAAAUAUGGUGCACCCAUUAAUGGUGUUGUUAGAUUCACACCAGAG